ACAUACUCCAUCUCUCUCUCUCUCUCCAAAAACACAUCAUAAGAAGUCAGACUUCCAUCACACCCUUAUUAGGUUUUUUGCAUAGAGACCAGACCAUUGGGCAUAUGAUUUGGAUGGUAUGGCAUUUGUCUCAGCUGAGUUCAUGUUUCAACCCCGUGAAGACAACCACUCUCCUUCCACCUCUCCUAACAUCCUUUCUUCAUGUUCACCUCAAGACUUCCAUAUUGCAGGUGUUUCAUCAUCACCAGCCCAAAUGAGGAGAUCCAUGUCCUUUUCAGGUAUUGGGAGCAAGUGUGAAGAAAUGCACGUAGACGAUGAGAUGUCAGAUGACGAUGGAUCGCCACUUGGAGAGAAGAAGAGGAGGUUAAACAUGGAACAAGUGAAGGCACUUGAGAAAAGCUUUGAGUUGGGUAACAAGCUUGAGCCUGAGAGGAAAUUGCAGCUGGCUAGGGCUUUGGGUCUUCAACCAAGACAGGUUGCCAUAUGGUUUCAAAACAGGAGGGCUAGGUGGAAGACAAAGCAACUGGAGAGAGACUACAACCUCUUGAAGAGAAAGUUUGAGGCACUUAAGGCUGACAAUGAUGCCCUUCAGGCUCACAACAAGAAACUUGUUUCAGAGUUACUGGCUUUAAAAGGUAGAGAAUCAAAUGGAAUUGGACCCAUUAACCUCAAUAAAGAAACUGAGGCUUCAUGGAGCAAAGGAAGUGAGAAAAGUUGUGAUUUCAAUUUGUGCACCACAACAACACAUCAAAGUACUAAUAAACAUGUCUUCCUUAAUUCAUCUACUGAGGCUGCAAAUGUUGCCCAUCUCCUGCAAACGUCAUCAAGGUCAGACCUUCAGUGUCAGAAAAUCGAUCAGAUGGUUCCGGAUGAAAGCUUCUGCAACAUGUUCACCGGGGUUGAUGAUCAUUCGGGGUUUUGGCCAUGGCCAGAGCAGCAACAUUUCCAUUGAAUCAAAACCCAAUUGUCAAAAUUUUUAUACACUCUCUCACUGUGCAGUUUGUUUUGGGUAAAAUUACUAUGGGGACAUAUGGUGGUGUGUAAUAUACUCUAUCGUUCCCCUAAUUGCUGAGAAAUAUUUUUGCAAGGUUGAACCAUUAAGGAAAGAAAAUUUGUCUUAGUAAUAAAAUAGGGUUGUGAUGUAUUUCACCGCCUUUUCAACCAUUUCUCGUAUGUAGCUUCAUAUAACAUGCGGUAUUUAUUCAUUUAGGAAACAUCAUAUCUAAUGAAAAAUAGUAACCC